AAGAGUUAUUCGCAUAAUUUCUUACAGCUCGGCACGUCCACUUGCAUCGGUACAAGGGAGACCGGAAUCUUCGAACAGGCUUAUAUUGGAUGACGGACUGUUGACAAUUGUAGAAUGACGGUUUGCAGUUGAAAAUUGUAAAAUAAUGAUCUGCAGAUAAUGAAACAUGGCACCAGACCAAGAACAGCUCCAAGACAAAGACAAAUCAUGGGAGGUGCCAAAGCGAUACGUGCUGGUGCUAAUGGCGUUUUUGGGGUUCGUGAUGGACUAUGCGGUCCGGAUCAAUAUCAACAUCGCCAUCGUGUCCAUGGUCAAUCAAUCCGCCAUACCCCACGUGUCCUUUGAAGCUCAGGCCGCUGAGUGCGGAUUCUCCAACUCAUCUCUCACAACUGAGGACAUGCAAGAGCUUCAGGCAGGAGAAUUCGCAUGGGACGAGGACGUGCAGACGCUAAUCCUGAGCUCCUUCUAUUGGGGUUACGUGGUGACUGUAUUCCCGGCCGGGAUAUGGGCCGAGAAACUGGGCGGGAAAAAUGUGCUGGGAUUCGGAAUCCUCAUCGGUGGAAUCCUCCAGUUUGCUGCACCGAUGGCCGCUCGCCUUCACUUCAUCGCCCUCAUCGUGCAACGAGGAGUGGUGUCGCCAGCAUUUUACCAGAUCGUGGCUCGGUGGGCUCCCCCGACCGAAAGGAGCCGAAUGAACUCCUGGUCUAACAUCGGAUCUGCAAUGGGAACAGUUUUGGCGAUCCCCCUGGGAGCUCUGAUCAUCAAAUGGUUAAACUGGGAAUCGGUGUUUUACUUCACGGGAGGGAUGACAGUGUUAUGGUUCAUUGGCUGGUACCUCGUCGUUCACGAGAGCCCCGCCGUUCACCCGAAAAUCUCCAAAAGAGAGCGAUCCUACAUCGAGGUCGCCAUUGGUCCUACUCGCAGCACUGCUCUCGUCUUGGGAGAGUCGGUGGCAUGGAGAGAGAUGAUGAAAUCGAAACCACUCUGGGCCCUGACCAUUGCCAUGCUCUGCAAUUCCUGGGGCUUCUCUGUCCUCCUCUCCCUCUUACCAACCUACAUGAACAAUGUUCUUCACUUCGACAUCGCCGCUAAUGGGGUGUUAUCGGCACUGCCAUAUUUGUGCCAAGUGUGCUUCGGUAUCGCCUUAAGUCACCUCGCAGAUUGGAUGCUUGUUCGCCGAAUCCUUCACGUCACAACCCUUCGCAAGAUCAUGAACACCCUCUCCCACUUGGGAGCUGGCGCGUUGAUGAUCGGGCUGUCUUUUGCGGGAUGUGAUCCCCGGGGAACGGUGAUUCUCCUCAUGGGCGCCGUUGGUGUCACUGGCGCCAACUAUUCCGGUUACGGUGCCAACUUGCUCGAUCUCGCUCCCAACUUUGCUGGGAUCGUGAGUGCCGUAACGCACGUGGGUUUCAGUUUCGUGUCCAUGCUGGCUCCAAUCGUCUCUGGUGCCAUCAUCAAUGGAGAGCAAACCCUACACAACUGGUCGAUCGUGUUCCAAGUCGCGGCUGGAUUCUACCUGUUCGACGUGGUGAUAUUUUUGGCCUGGGCAAGCGGGGAGGAGCAGCCGUGGAACAGACUUCAGCUCUCCAAGUCAUUUCCCGAGGACGAAGCGGAAGACGAUUUACUCCCAGAGGGAAAGACGGAAGACUUGCUUCUGCUCCCGUGCCGCCGAACCAAGUCGCUCGAUUACGAUACUGUCAUCCUGAAGGCAGAAUUCCCUCCUCCCCCUCCCAACCCCACCCCACCCCCCAACAUUGCCGGUUAA